ACACUUGCCGAUGCAGUAUCGUCAAGGCAGGACCGUGGAAACCAAAGUCAGGCGAGACUACAUCAAAGUGGCAUUUCCACUGCAAGAACUCCUCUAUCGUCAGUGCCAAUGCCCGAUUAUUACAAAGUGUAAACGCCAGGAAUCUUGACAGGGAUUUUGUUCUGGUGGAUUCUCCUGAGUCUCUUGCCAAUUGUGACAGUUUCAUUAAAGUGUGCGGCAGGCUGUUUUUAAUCUAUCUGUCAUCGGUCCAGGAAACAUCACUGUCAGACCUCUGGAUUACCUGGAUCAGACUAGCCGGGCAAAUACAAGAUGAUGUCCUCUGCAACCCUGCAGCACAUUUUGUUCAUCUCACUCCUACCAACUUUGAUCAGCUCACGUUCUGACCGACCAUGCAGAGAUUGCUGCCAGCAGAAGGGGGAAGCAGGCCCCAUGGUUCCAUCGGGGCUACCUGGUGUGGUAGGACCCCAGGGCCUCCCAGGCCGUGAUGGGCUGAAUGGGCUCAAUGGCCCUGCUGGAUUACCAGGCCGAUCUGGUGAGAAGGGGGAGAGAGGAGCUUCCGGUGACAUGAGCGGGAUACUCAAGCUGCUCAACCAGCAAACUCCAGACGUACUGUCAGACUUGCAGGAAGUCCUGGACAUUCUGAAAGGGCAGAAGACGCAGAUGUUUGCAGGGCCUGAGAUGAUGAUGGCCUCUCCUCCACUGAUACACCGGGUGGGGCACGUGGAAAUCACCGCGUUCACCGUGGUGCGUACGUCGGAUCUCCCUGGGCACGGCGAUUCUGAGAAAGACAUCACCUACGACCGGGUGAUCACCAACAUCGGCAACCGUUUCAACUUUGAGACAGGCCACUUUGUCUGCUCGACCAACGGCACCUACUUCUUCACGUUCAACGUAGUGCACGACCGCGACGUGAUGGUGGAGCUCGUUAAGAACGGGGAGCGUUUGGUGGCGGUGCACGGAGACGCGGCACAGAAGCUACGCACGAUGUACACAAACAGCGCCGUGGUGGAGCUGGCUGAGAGAGACGAGGUCUGGACGCGCCUGAGCAGGAGCCACAGCCUGAGCGGCAACACACAACACCUGACUACAUUCACAGGUUAUCUGCUUUAUCCCGCUUCUGCCACCAAAAGGCUUACUACAGGAUGACCCAUAGGCAAGCAGCCUGUAAAUGAUGAUAUCUCCUGGCAAUAUUAAUUUGAACAUGUACUUUAUAAGCAGCGUGCGACUGUUAUAAAACUGUACACCUAGAGGAACUGAUAGACUGAUAACAUACAUGUAGUGAACAGUGAAGUAUCCUUCAACCAACUGCUCUGAUUUUGUUAAAUUGAAGUAAUCCUCAAUCUUAUCUAUGAGAUUUUUCACCUGCCUUGCCUGCAGUCCUGUACCCAGUAUAACAUACUGCUUUAUAAACAUGCUGUUAUAAUAUGUACCGUAUGUACAUGCACAAGUAAAUAGAUAAACUGUACCUACAGUACUUGUACAGGUUUGUAAAAAUUUAAAUCAAGCUGUAGUAAACUUGACUUAUUACAUCAAUACAUGUAGCUUUCAUUAUUAAGAUUACAUCUAUUAUAUAUUUCAUGAAUCUCUGCUGAAUCUGAUGUUUCGCUCACACUGCACUUUAUCAGUAAUACCACUUGUUUUGUAAUAUUAACGAUUAGCUAAAAUUUACAGAUUGUUGAUUUUCUAGAGUCUAACAAGAAAUUGCUCUGAGAAUAAUCUUCACUUUUUAUGUACUUAUACUGUCACUGUUUCUGCGAAGUAAACAAACAUGAAAAACAAAGAUUUUUGUGACCUAGCUGCAAGUAAGAGGCUGUUUACAAUUAUCCGUUUCUUUGAAGCUCUUACAUCUUGACUAUGUGCUGAGCGAGAAAAAUGAAAUCUCAUAAUACAUGCUUACAGCUGAAACCCAACCCUGCUAAUUCAGAACUCUCGAACACUCAAACAAUGUUCACAAGGACCUUAAGGGUCUCAUCUUCUGAAUUCAUGAAUGGCUCAGCAACUGAUUGUGUGCUACAGAUCCGGUAUUCUGUCACUCCUCCUUGAACUACUCAGAGCACUCUUGACCUCGGGGGAUUGUCCAAUAGUGUAAUCUGAUUCCCCGGAGUUUACUUCCAUUCUCUCUGGACGAGACUGGAAGGCUGGGAUAACAGGAAAGUGCAGCAGACUUUUCCUUUAGGCGAUGCUUGAUUUUUAUCAAGUACUGACCUGGAGUUUUAUUUGUCUUUCUUGAGGAUAAGAUUUUACUGUAAUGCCAACAUUUUAAUACUACUUUGGUGAUAUCAGGAUAUGGUACGAUUUCUGCUCAUGAUAGAGCCACAUAUGUGUACCUUAUACUCAGAACAAAAAAAGGGGUUUUAUGACGUGCCUGGGUUUUAUUAGAUUGCUGCUGUCACUUUUAACUAUGAUUUCUGAUAAAAGAAUUUAAAAUAUAAGCAAUAACGUUCACAAACAUAACUGAGAUGAAAUUUAAAGACUGCAAUGCAUUGUUUGAUGUGUUUUUGAGGGUUUAAUUUCUUAAGCAAUUCCUAUUUCAGACAUC